AGUAGUUGUGUUUGUAGAAAUAGCAUAAGUAGGCAGUUCGUUGAAAAUUUGUUUGCGUAUGUAUUUCAGGAUUUCGGAGACGAUCCAGUGGCGUCGUGUAAGGGAGACCGAGUUCAUGACGUGCAACUGGGUGACGCGGAGGGCGGGGCCGUAGCCUCGUCAAGUGAAGCGUCGCAACCCUCGGGGGAUGCGAGCGUGGCGAGCAGGACGGGGACCUUGACAUCGGGUGCGGAGUCAAGUGGGAUGAGAACGCCAGGAGCUCGCGGUGCAUUGUCAUACGCGGCGGCAGCACUGGCGAGUGCGGGUGUGAACGGCAGUCGGGGUGGUGGUCGUGAACGCAAGUCGUUAGGAGCGGCGAUGACAUCGAAUUCGCCUCCCAAGCUGAUGUUUAGUCUAGGAAGAAACCAGUUGAACCGGAUGUCGACAAUAUUCCAGGCCAUUCAGCGUCAGGCGGUGGUGGAAGAGGAUGAGGAGGAGCGUUAUGGGGGGUCGGAGCAUGGCGGGGGCAGUGGACGCAGACUGUGGGAUGAAGUGUACACAAUCACGUACCAGAGGGCAGAUGCGAACGGAGAGGCGUCGCUGUGCGUGAGUGGGAAAUCGGCAGGCGCGAGUCCUCGGGGCAAGGGAUGCGGGUCGGCGAUGGACGGCUCGUGGCAGCAGGCGUCGCUUCUGGACAGCACGCUGCAAGGAGAACUGCCUUGUGACUUGGACAAAUCGAACAACUCUUACAGCAUUUUGUUGCUGCUGCGAGUGUUGGAGGGGCUGAACAGGCUGGCACCUCGUCUGCGUGCUCAGGGCGCAUGGGAAGCGUUCGCCGCAGGAGAGGUGGAUAGGGUGGAGGAGUCCCCAGGGGCGGGGCCGUUGGUUCCUCGGGAGGAAUUUUUGAGCAGCAAGCUGACGCCAAAGUUGGCACGUCAGAUGCAAGACGCGCUGGCGCUGUGCAGUGGUGGAUUGCCUUCUUGGUGUGGGCAGUUGACUCGGGCUUGCCCAUUUCUGUUUCCAUUCGAAACCCGGAGGCAGUACUUCUAUUCGACGGCCUUCGGGCUGUCGCGGGCGCUGCAGAGACUGCAACAGCAGCAGAACGCGGACGGGUCAGCGGCAUCGAACGAUCGGGAGCUGAGAGUGGGGAGGUUGCAGCGUCAGAAGGUGCGGGUGUCUCGACAGCGGAUUCUGGAGUCGGCGGCGAAGGUGAUGGAACUGUAUGCGGGGCACAAGGCGGUGUUGGAAGUGGAGUAUUUUGGGGAAGUGGGGACGGGGCUGGGUCCUACGCUUGAGUUCUACACUCUGCUGAGCCACGAGCUGCAGAAGGAAAAGCUGAAUCUGUGGCGGUCGGAGAUGAGGUUGAAGUCGGAGGCUACAGUGGGGGUGGAGUCGGCGGAGGUGGACACGAUGGACGCGGACGUGGAGAUGGUUGGGGAGGUGGAGGCGGUGUCGACGGGAGAGAGCGGUCGGGGGAGCGCGGAGGGGGAAGUGAGUUGCAUAGAAUACGUUACCGCUCCGCAGGGGUUGUUUCCCCGUCCUUGGCAUCCGGAUACGGACCCUGCGAGUAACAAGAAUUACUGGAAGGUAUUGGAGCACUUUCGGCUGCUGGGGCGAGUGAUGGCUAAGGCGCUGCAAGAUGGACGGUUGCUGGACGUGCCGUUGUCAACAGCGUUCUGCAAGAUCAUUCUGGGCCAGGAGUUGGACUUGUACGACAUGCAGACGGUAGAUCCGGACCUGGGGCGGACGCUGUUCGAGAUGCAAGGUUUGAUUCAACGGAAGCAGUUUCUGGAAGGUCACGGCGGGAAGCGGGAGGAGGUGGAGGCAUUGAAUUUUAGGGGGUCGAAGUUGGAGGACCUUUGCCUGGAUUUCACUCUUCCUGGGUACCCUGAGUACGAGCUGAAGAGCAACGGUCGGGAGGUGGCGGUAGAUCUGGACAACCUGGAAGAGUACGUGUCGAUGGUGGUGGAGGCGACGGUGAAGGUGGGAAUCGCAGCUCAGAUCGAGGCGUUUCGAGCCGGUUUCAACCAGGUGUUCCCGUUGUCUUCUUUGCAAAUUUUCAGCGAGGAUGAGCUGGAUUAUCUGCUCUGCGGGCGUAGAGAGCUAUGGGCGCCGGAGUCUCUUCCGGAUAUCAUGAAAUUCGAUCAUGGCUAUACUGCGUCUAGUCCGCCUAUCCGAAACCUGUUGGACAUUAUGAGCGAGUUGAGUCCGGAGGAUCAGCGAGCAUUUUUGCGGUUUGUGACGGGAGCACCGCGGCUACCUCCCGGGGGGCUCGCAGCAUUGAAUCCGAAGCUUACGAUCGUUCGAAAACACCCGACUGACGGUAGCGGCGUGCCACUUGGUAGCACACCACCGGGAGCCUUAGCAGGGUUGGGGACCACGUUGGCGGACAAAGACCUGCCCAGUGUGAUGACAUGUGCAAACUACCUGAAGCUUCCUCCGUACUCGUGCAAGGAGAUCAUGAGGAAGAGGUUGUUGUACGCGAUCCAUGAAGGGCAAGGGUCGUUUGACCUGUCCUAAAGAUACAAGUGUUUAAUUAUUGGUGUGUAGCGUCUCAGAUUUGAGACCGUAAUUCGUGGAAGAAGUUAAAUGGGAUGCUUCGAGCGCGUUAGUUGACGUUAUGGUAAUGGAACGGUACUGUGACGCAGGAAUGACUCGUUUCCAAUCUAAUGUAUGUAGUGGACAUUUAAGGUGGAGUGGUUUGCGGACGGUGCUGAUGGUUUUUUUGGCAAUGUGAGCACGACAUGCGGUAGACAUUAUCUGGUAGUUGCAUGGCCAUCCAAAUCGAAGAGAGAUGCAGAGGCGUCUCGUUGUGCAGAGCAGCUUGUGUGGCUGUAUGUGUCGCUGAUUAUGCAACCGCUAAUCGGGGAUUAAUGAGUGUUAAGGUUAACAAUGCUGGCAGGUCGUAUGAUGUGCUGGAGAACUGGGUAUUCAGGAUUUUUAGUUCAGAAAAAUGGACCGGAUAGUCAGGUGAAGGUGUAAGGAGUGAUUUUCAUUAAAGUGAUUCGUUUUUUGAUUGAUCGGACACAA